CUCUCUUCGCGUGAGGGCGGCCGAGCCGCAUUCGUGUCUCGAGCACCCACCGGAACAGAACGAGAAGCUUGCUGCUGCGGCCUUGCUCAGCGAUCUCGCAGCGAGUGGCCAUUUGGGCGAUGCGCGCAGCGCUCUAUGAUCAUCGGCUGCACAUGUCGUCGUCGUAGGGAUGGCGAGAGAAGCGCCCUGCGGGGAGAGGGAGAGAGAGAGGGACGGGAAGGCGCGGGACCGUUGUCGAUCGCGGUGAGAGGAGGACCAGGACAAGGACGAGGACGAGGACGAGGAGGGGCUCACGGUCAUGAUGAUGAUGAUUAUGAUGAUCUUUCAGUGCUCGUAGCAAAGAGGUGCAAAUCCAGGCCCGCUUGGAGGCCGCGAGAAAGUUACCGCCGCGGCAGAGGAGUAAAGUUUUGGCAUAGGAAAGCGGAGAUUCCUCAUCUUUCUUAGAUACAUCAUACAUACGACCCACCGCUCGAGAGGCACGGACGAGUGCAUCCUCCUCUAGGCGCAAGGGCUGCUGCAGUUAUCGGCUAAAGUGGAGUGGAGUGCGAUUGGAGUUCACCCUCUUUAAGUGAUUGGUUUUGUAUUGCGGUGUCAGCGCUGGAGGACGGGGCUGGCGGGGUCCGGGGUCUGGGUACCGGGGGUGUCGCUGGGUAGCGGCAGCAGGAGCAGCAGCAGCAGUGCGGUCCCUUCGCCGUCAGGCAGGCAGGCAGGCAGGCAGGCAGGCACUCGAAACCCCACCGGGAAAAUGGAAAAGACUUUGGUGGUGCCCUGAGGUGGUUUCGGCUCGGCACGGCCACUCCAUUGGAGGGCGUCACCGCUAGCCAUAUAUGAGUGCAGGUGCGCCCGCUGCGCUCCUGUCAGAGGUGCCCAGUCCGGGCAUGUCAUUCUCGGGAAUUUGAAAAGCACCUGCUCGUCAGUCCUGCCCAGUCCGUCGCUCCUCCUCAUUUUCCUUCCGUUUGCUUCUGCUGCUGCUGCUGCUGCUCCUGCCGAGGUUAACGUUGCACGCCAUGCUCUUUGAUUCCCCCUCGUAAUCGCCUUUGCGACCCCGAAAGCGAACGGGAGGGAGGGAGGCCUUGGAGGGGGCCCGGGACGGGGAAAGGGGGCCGCGACGAGCAAGGAAGGAAGGAAGGAGAGGAUCAUCGAGAGGAUCAUAAAUGUGUCAGAGCUUUACCUUGCGGAGCUAUUGUCUCCUGUUUAACGGUGCGCUGGUAGUGUAGAACAGCACGAAAGGAUUGACGCUCGUAGUUGUCAAACUGCAAUCGCUGCCAGCGCGGAACGGGGCAGGGCUUCUCUCUCGUUGCAGCCUUUUUUCUUCUUCCGGCCGAGGAGGCCGCAUUGCGCCACUUGCCCGAUGUCGAGCGACUACCCCGCGAACUACUCUUGUUGUGUUGAGCCAGCGCCUCGUCGUUCCGAGAGGGCUUUGCGACAUGGUGGUGCCGAUUGAAGUCUGUCUUCGCGGCCAUCGACGCUAGCGUGUUGCGCUCGUGACUUUCUUGGAGGCUGCCGCUGGCCAAUGUAUUUUGAAGUGUAGGUUGAUUGCGUAUAAGAACUAGCACGAUGGUGCAGUCGGUGAAAACUGCGAAGUGGAUAAAAUCCGCAGUUAAGAAGGCCUUCAGGUCCCCGUCGAAAGACAAGUCUCCUCAAAAGGAAGGAACUGCUGAGGAGGGAGCGGCGGCUAAGAAAACCACUCCGAAGCGCAGGUGGAGUUUUGGACGUAAAAGCCAUGACCGUCUUGCUCUGAAUGAAGAAGCCAGCAAGGGCGAGUCUGGAGCGAGUCCGCAGGACCAAAAUAAGGUUGUGAGUACUGCGACUGAAGAGGUGGAUACCUCUGGAAAUGAAGUUUCGAAGUCGGUCACUUCUUUCGGGGAGCCCGUGUUCCGGGAAUACGGUCCGGCCGAAGUCGCAGCGUCCAUCAAGAUUCAGACCGCGUUCCGGGGCUAUCUGGCUCGGCGAGCGCUGAGAGCUCUCAAAGGCCUCGUCAGGCUGCAAGCUCUGGUGCGUGGGCACACUGUGAGGCGGCAGGCAGCCAUUACUCUGAGAUGUAUGCAGGCGCUGGUGAGAGUCCAGGCUCGUGUCAGGGCACGUCGGGUGCGGAUGUCGGAAGAAGGACAAGCAGUAAUGCGUCAAAUAUCUCAGUCGAGGGAGCUGCAGUACCGAAGGCAAUCGGGCGGUCUUGUCGCCGUUGUCCCGAUGGGUUUUCAGGAUAGUUGGAACGCUAGCACUGCGACAUUGAAGGAUCAGCAAGCGAAGGAACAGAGCAGGGAAGAGGGUGCCCGCAAGCGCGAGAGAGCAAUGGCUUAUGCCUUCUCGCAGCAGUUGCGGAGGUCUGCCCCGAAGCAAACGCUGUACAUCGAUUGCGAGCCGGAUCAGCCACAUUGGGGUUGGAGCUGGCUCGAAAGGUGGAUGUCAGCACGUCCCUGGGAAACCCGCUUCAGUCCCGAGGCCACGCUAUCCGAGAAGAGCUCGAAAAAGAGCACCAAGCUGACUCCCACGAAACCUAGUGACCCCGAGAGGACUCUCCGAGCUGGACACAAAGGUUCAGAUGUGGACAAGGGCAUUCUCAAGAGUGGGGCAAGGAACAGCGUCGACGAGAAGACGCCUGGUCCUAGGAGUGUAGCUAAAUCCACAGAGGAUCGCAAGGAGGUUCUCAAGAGUACCCCAGAGGCUGGAGAGCACACUGCCAAACACAAAAGCCACCCCAAAAGGAGGUGGGGUUCGAUCUCCGAUUCCGUGGGAUUACUGGCUUCCACACCUUCGCAGCCACCAACAGCAGUUCAGUCCACUACCACCAGCCCCAAGGCCACUUCGCCCCCCCAGGCAUCCGCACCCCCGGCAGCACCUCAGGUACAGCCGUCCGUUCCCGCAAGCCAAGUAGCUUCUACUCGUGCAUCACCAACGGCCUCGCCUCCUCCUGCUGCAGGAGUCUCGUCUCCGCAGGCUUCUCUAUCCCCCCCGGUCCCAUCAUCCCCCUUAAUGGAGCUGGCAGCACCUGGGGACUCUUUCCUCACCCCUUCACCCCCUAAGGCCUCAAAGACUUCGUCUCCUCAAAAGGCGUCCGUUUCUCCUCCUCCGGCUCAUUCUCCUGCGGUUCCUUCAUCACCCACCGAACAAGCUUCCCCUGGAGCACCUGAAUCUGUGCAAGAUCGAGCUGAAGACGGUUUGGAUCAUGGAAAUGGGUCUCUGGUGGAGGAAAUGCUAUAUGCCGAUGCUAAUGGAGAUGGCGCCCGUGGGGGACUGGAGAGCGGUCUUUCCACACCUCAGGCAUCUGUUGGCAGCAAGGACAAGUUCAUGAGGCGCCACUCUUCCUAUGCAGGCCCAAAGGGUGAGCACGGAGAGCACCAUUCUGCCCUUCCCAGCUACAUGCUCAGCACGGAGUCUGCGAAAGCCAAAGCCAGGUCGAUGAGCAAUCCAAAGUCAAGACCAGAGACAGAAAAGGAAGAUACUGUCGUCAAGAAGAGGUUCUCGCUUCCCGGUGUGGCAGAGGUGAAAACAUCCCCGCGUUCGGCCAGGCCCACGGCCAGUUCUCUAGUGCGAACCAGCCUGAAUAAGAGCUAUUUCGGUCCAGUCAAAUCUGACAGACCUGGAUCUGUGAUGUCACUUAAGGACGUUAGCGGCAGUGAGUUGAACCACAGUACGAAUACUUCGGUGAAUGGAGAGGCUAACAAACCCAUGAAAUGGAGGUAGUCGUGUUUCGUUAUGUGUCUUUCUCCUCACGGAUGACGCAGUGUUGGUACCAGACUGUAUACCUCUCUGCAGGGUAGAAGUCUCUGUCUGCAGUGUAGGAGUUCUGGCCCUGCUUGUUAUCUACCCUGUCUGCGUAAUUGACUGACGUUCACCGCUGCCAUGGAGGGCAGAAGGUUGGCAAAGACCAGGACUGCACAGCCAUCGCUAUUUCCUAGGAACCUCUUGUGAGCCGUUCAUGGUAGCCAGAGUUGGCCCAACUUGACCGAAGUGUCCAUAAGUUAAAAGUCUUAUUCUUUGAAGCAGGAGUUUCGCUUUUUGGUUGAGCAGCGAAAACAUCUCUCUGUGGGGGCCCUGAAGUUAUGAAGAGAUUUAAAAGCGGAGGCACGGAGGUUUAUCUCUCUGCAUCGCUGCUGUCUUUCUUAUAGUUCGCAGACUCUUCAGGUCCGAGUUAAAGAGGCUUGUGAUUGCGUCUUGCCCAGUACGCACUUCAUCAAUGAAGUGAGGUAUGACGUACAUAAUUGGAUCCCUAAGGAAAAACACCCGCCUGUUCUUCGAGGGAAUUUCUACACAGUUUUGUUUCCCUUAUUUCUUUUGGUUCGCUCCAGGAUCCACAGGGCGGGUAGUAGAGAGAUAGUGCGCGGACGCUGCAGAGGAAUGGGCCUAGGAGCUGCGGGCAAGGCCCACUGUAGAGGUAGAGGAGAGGGGUGCUAGUUGUAAAUCCUUAGUACCCACCCCUCUUUGGCUGUGGGUGCGUCUAUAGCGUAUCCUGUUUGAUGCCGGUGUUUCAUUCUAGCAAGUAGUUACCUGUCGAAAACUAUUCCAAUGUGUCAGUUCCCAGCUUUGUGGGUGCGCCGUGCUUGUUGACCAAGCGUAGCGAACGCAUCCACGAGCCUGAGGUGAUGAAAAAGAUAUGAUAAGUCGCUGUAUAGACCGCUCUGCGGGUUUUGUUGCACUAGCGCAUUGUUCAGAUAGCAAGCAAGUUUGUUUUGUUACCAUAAGGGAAAAUGAUGCCUGGACAACGCUCCUCUGGCUAUGGAAUUGGAAAUUAAAAGAGUUGGAACUGGGUGAUCGCUUGUACCUUACAGGGAAAUCUUGUACAGAGUCUAAAUCGUGUAUUACCGGUGUGAGCGUCGGA